AUGAGGAAACCCGAGUUAUUUGGCAGGAUUUCCAAAUGGGCCAUACAGUUAGGGUGUUACGACAUCAGGUACGAACCUCGCAAAGCCAUCAAGUCGCAAACUAUGUCAGAUUUUGUGGCUGACUUCAGCCCAAGUAUCCAACACGAAGUCGACAAAGAGGUGAACAUGAUGUCAGAUGCUGGGAUCUCGUUGACAUGGACUCUGUACACCGACGGCUCCUCCAACAUAUGGGGGACAGGAUUGGGAAUUGUGCUAAAGUCUCCACAAGGGGACAUAAUAGUACAGUCUGUCUGUUGCGAGUUCAAGGCUACCAACAACAAAGCAAAAUACGAAGCUUUGAUUCUAGGAUUAUCAUUAGCACACGACAUGCAUAUUCGUCGACUUGAGGUACGUUGCGAUUCAUUAUUAAUUAUCAGUCAAAUAAACGGUUCAUAUGCAGCAAAAGACUCUAAGAUGCAGGCCUACCUUGAGGUAGCUAAAAGGCUCGUCAGCAAAUUCAACUCAUGUGCCCUACAACAGAUCUCAAGACACCAGAAUACCCAAGCCGACGCAUUAGCAAAUUUGGGCUCAAACAUCAAACCCACCAAACUCACCACAAUCCACCUUAUGUACCCAGCCAUCACAAAAGAAACCCUACCCAUCAGUGAGCGAACCCCACCAACUCAAAAUCCUACUCCCACAUACUGGCAUGACCCAUACAUACACUGGCUCAAACACUACACCAUCGCACCUGAAGUCACCCAUGACAGAUCCUUCCGUAUGAGAGCCUCCAGAUUCAUCCUGAUCCAUGGGGUCCUAUUCAGAAAGUCAGUUACAGGACCGUACCUUAGAUGUCUGGACCACGACGAGAUCGAGUUGAAGUUAAGAAACAUCCAUGGCGGCGAAUGCGGAAAUCAUUCGGGAGGACAAAGCCUGGCCCACAAAACGUUAACCAUGGGGUAUUUUUGGCCAACUAUGAAGAAAGAUGUAAUUUCCUUCGCCAAAAAGUGCGAUUCAUGUCAACAUUUUACGUCUAUCUCCCGUCAACCUUGUGAAGAACUUCGCCCUAUUUUAUCCCCCUGGCCCUUCAUGAAGUGGGGAAUGAUAUAG